GGCUAUAAAAGAGAAGCAGCCUGGCUGACGCUCUAUCACCCGCCUUGACCUUCCUAUACGGAAACGAGACAGGAUGAAGCUGCUGCUGGUUGUUGCUGCUGUUUUGGCUUUGGCCAAUGCUCUGUCUCUGGAGGAACUGGAGUUCCAUGCCUGGAAACUCAAGUUCGGGAAGUCCUACCGCUCUCCAACCGAAGAGGCCCGACGCAUGAAGGUCUGGCUUGACAACCGCAAGUUGGUGAUCGUGCACAACGUCCUGGCUGACCAGGGCCUGAAGUCAUACCGCCUGGGCAUGACCCACUUUGCUGACUUGGAAAACGACGAGUACAGACGGUUGGUGUCAGUGGGAUGUCUGCGUAAGUUCAACGCAUCCACGCCUCGUGGUGGCUCCAGCUAUCUGCGGUUGCCAGGACUCAAUGGACUGCCCAACACUGUGGACUGGAGGGACAAGGGCUACGUCACUGAUGUCAAGGAUCAGAAGGACUGUGGCUCCUGCUGGGCCUUCAGCACUACUGGAUCCCUUGAGGGUCAGCACUACAGAAAGACUGGACAGCUGGUGUCUCUGAGCGAGCAGCAGUUGGUCGACUGCUCUGGCGAUUUCGGCAACUACGGCUGCGGUGGAGGCCUGAUGGACAACGCUUUCAAAUACAUCCAGAGCAACGGUGGCAUCGACACAGAAGAGUCCUACCCUUAUGAGGCCCAGGAUGGACCCUGCCGAUUCAAACCAGGCAGCAUUGGUGCCAAAUGCACCGGCUACGUUGACGUGGACCAGGGUGACGAGGAUGCUCUGAAGGAGGCUGUGGCCACCAUUGGACCCGUGUCGGUCGCCAUUGACGCUGGCCACCUUUCCUUUCAGAUGUAUGAGUCAGGUGUGUAUGACGAGGAAGACUGCAGCAGCACAGAUUUGGACCACGGCGUUCUUGCAGUUGGCUACGGCACAGACAAUGGAAAGGACUACUGGCUGGUCAAGAACAGCUGGGGCCUGGACUGGGGCAACAAAGGCUACAUCCAGAUGUCCAGGAACAAGAACAACCAGUGUGGCAUCGCCACGGCAGCAAGCUACCCGCUGGUCUGAGCGGACAACCCGCAUUCGUCGUCUCCCCACUUUGAAAACAAAUGUUACUGAUUUCAUUCUUGCUGGCAGAAAAAAAUUGGAAGGAACAGCAAGGAACACUUUCAACAGAGACACUAUUUGUAAUGACUUAAAUCGAAUAAAAACACAUUUUGUCAUGGA